UGUCAAUAAGGACCUUUGACGGUGUUAGUUAAAUCUGAAUGUGUUACUUUCCGACAGGAAUAAAGUUUGAAAGAUCAGGACCAGUUUGAGCUUUUAGAGAAAUGGGUUGCAGUGUUCACGAGAAAGAAUACUUUUGGAGACACAUGGUCACGGUUUUUUAAAGCAAGUCCAGGAGACAGCAAUUACGAAAAAGAAAUAGCACAAUUCAUUGUUGUUUUCAUUCUACAUUUAGCGCGAAGAAAGUAAAUUUUGCUUUAUUUUGCAGCCUUUGCCUCGUUAAAACAGAUUGCUACACGGCAUAUUGAGCAGGUCUUUUUCUGAAAAUGGGAAACUGAUGUGAUGCGUACUUGUGCAAUUUUCGGGUUCUUGUAACAUAAUUUCGCUUGCAUUGUGGUCACCGUAAUGAAAUAUAAUGGUGUUUUAAUGCUGUAAAUUCGUGUUCUGAAAUAUACAGUUCCGUUUCAGAUACAUAUGAACGCAUAUGACGCAGCAGUGUGGAAACGAAACGAAUGCAUCGGAGAGGUAGGAGCGGUAGGAGAUGCAGAUGGGUUGGAAGGGAUAACUGAUCAUGUCAAGUGGUUUGUGAGGUGAUAAGGUGUCUGGUUUACACACAUUAUUAAGCAAGGAAGCAAUGUAGUCGAAAUUUGGCACUUUAAAGCAGGAGCUCAUUCCAACAGUGUUAUUUGAAGAAUAACCUACAGCAUGCCAUACUGGAUGCUCGCUGUUUAUAUACUACAACAGUGACAGCAGUGUUGGACUGCAAUGGAUUCAGUGCUAGAAGAACUGUCGGACAUAUCAGUGAUGAAGUUGGUCAAGUGGAUCAGCUGUGGUGCCAUGAUAUUUGGUGGCAUGGUUCCAUACAUUCCCCAGUACAGGGAAAUUAAAAGGACAGAAGAUGCAGAAGGAUUUUCUCUUUUUGUAUGUCUUACUCUUCUUGUUGCAAAUACACUCAGGAUUUUGUUCUGGUUUGGGAAACGAUAUGAAAUACCUCUUCUUAUUCAGAGUAUUGUAAUGAAUAUGACAAUGCUUGCAAUGAUCCAUCUUUGUAUACUUGUUCGAAGCAAGAACCAAAUAAUUCGAGGCAGGGAGAGGCGUUUUACAGCUGAAGGCGGUGAGAGUCGCCGUUUGAAAGGAGAAUUGUCUAAAAGGACCUCUAUGCAGUUCCAUGUUGGCCACUCUUUCUGUGAUUUUGACAGGCGAUACUUUUGGGCAUGGACAGAUUUUAUGUCAUAUGUGGAUUUUAUGCUGUUGUUCACAAUCAUUUGUUCCAUACUGAUGUAUCUGUUUAUUGACCAUAUACCAUUUGUGGAGCUGGUUGGCUUUCUAGCGGUUUUCACUGAAGCUCUCUUGGGUGUACCCCAAAUGCUGUGUAAUUACCAGAAUAAAUCCACAGAAGGAAUGAGUUUGAAAAUGGUGGUAAUGUGGGCUAUGGGCGACACAUUCAAAACGGGUUACUUCCUAAUUCGGGAAGCUCCAGCACAAUUUUGGCUGUGUGGAGGUCUACAAGUUUGUAUAGAUGCCUUCAUAUUAUGCCAGGUUUACUGGUACAGGAACAAUCCUGGUGUUCGAAGCAAGAAACAAGACACACCUGACUAGCCUUCUUUAAGUCUUUCACAAAGCAAAUAUUUUUUUAUAACUUUUCAUACUUUCUUCCAUUGGUGCUGACAUACUGCUAAAUCUCCAUAAAUAUUUUCCUUGUAUUUUAACUGUGUAGAAUAAAGUUUCUUUACUAAUUUAUUUGACACUUAAAAUAUGAAAAUAAAUAGUGUUUUAAUUUAAA